AUGGCCUCCACCACAACAGAAACCCCCCAGACCCAACUCACCCUCGCCGGCAAAGUAAUUGCCAGUAAGUCCAUCCCUAGCUCAACCUGCAAAGCCCCCCUUCCAACCCCCGUCACAGUCACCGGCGCAAACCGCGGCAUCGGCCUGGGCGUCGCCGAGUCCUGCCUCGUCAACGGCGCCUCACACGUCUACUCAAUCGACAUCAGCACGCCCGACGAGAACUCCGACUACACCGCGUUAUCGUCUCGCUUCCCCGGAAAGCUGCACGCCAUAACCGCCAACGUCACGCAAGAAGAAACCAUCAUCGCCGCCAUCGACUCCAUCAUCGCCGAAGCAGGCGCCCUACACGGGAUGGUCGUGAACGCCGGACGCACGCACCACAAGGCCGCGCUGGAGUUUACAAAGGAGGACCUUGAUAACCUGUGGAGCGUCAAUCUGUACGGGGCGUUCUUUACGGCUCGCGCGGCGGCAAAGGCAUUCAUCAAGCAGGGCGUCAAGGGAAGCAUCGUGUUUACGGCGAGCAUGGCAAGUUAUCGACCGAAUAAGAAGAAGAAGGGCUAA